GCUCCGUGUGCAGAGUGGUGCGGUCGUGACAACUCUGAGAUGUGCCCUGCCUGCUCCGAUGACUGCGAUGCUGAGUCUAGCGCUGGUGGGAGCCGUGCCGAUCACGGCCCAGGAGCAGGAGCACAGCCGGCUGCUGCCGCUGGUGCAGCAGCUGCUGCGCUGCGAGCUGGUGCGCAGCGUACUGCGCCACUGGACACCGACGCCGCCGCCCGACGUGGCCGACGCAGCCACGUGCGUCACCGAGCAGGAGCUGGCACGUGCCAGUCGCGCCCGCCGCCAUGGCCCGCUACCUGACCUGGUGACCUCUUGUCAGCCGGGGUCACCGGGCGGCGGGCGGGAGCCGGACGGCGGCCGGCCGGUGAGCCGGGAGCAGCUGCAGUUGCGCCUGGAUCGGCUGCAGGCGGUGCGCAAGAUGGCGCAACAGCCGGACAACUGGGCCAGUGAUGUCGGACACAGCUACGUCGCCCCGCCCGUCUCCGGAGAGGAACGUCUCAGCCCGACCUCGGAGGAUAUGGGCGAGCACGAGGAUCAGGACAGGGAGGACGGGAACGAGGACGAGGCGGAGGACGAGGCCGGAGGCGCGGCGCUCCGGGAGGGAGACGCUGGCGGACGGGCACGCCUCAUGGUCGGUAGAGAUCUGGCUGCCGUCGCCGAUAAGAUCGACGCCGAGCUGCCACCUGGGCCGCUGACCCAGUCACCUGCAUCCAGCCAGGAUCGAGCGGCGCCUCCAGUGACGUCCCUCGGCGGAUCAAGACGUCUCAGCACCGCCGCCACUGCCACCGUUGCCCACGCGCUGGCCUGCGCCCUGGGCGAGCUGCUCAAGCAGCCGUGAUGGCCGCCGCAGCCGGGACGGCGCCGCAGCAGCGACAAAUGUGGCGCAGCAUCCCGCUGAAGCCACCGUCUGUCGCCUGUGCAUCGCAGAUUUAGACCGUCCCUAGCAUAGAGGAAAUAAUGUUCAUCGCUCAGAACGAAUCCACAUUCAGCUGGACGCUGAUGUUUUGCUUGCGUGGCAUGAAAAGGGUGAUUUGAACGGCUACGUGUUUUUGUCCUAGAGAAAGAAAGCCAGAUAGUUUGUUGCAAGGAGAUUGGUGUAGUCUGCAUGCGUACACAAGUCACAUGUUGUGAGUGUGUGAAUAUCUCCGUCUCCGCGCGUUCGUUGGUUUUGCUGAAGUCUAGCCGGCUGUGUCGAGCUGCUGAUAUUGUGUUGGUGACGCUGAGCUGAAGAUAAGGAAAAACAGAGUGCGGUCUCAUGCAGGUCACGACCGCUGGCGCAUGCAGAAUGACAAUCUACUAGCAUCGAGCUAGUCAGGGUUCGACACCCAGUGUUAGUUUGCUGAUGUAUAUCUCAUGAUGUCGUGCUGUUUUUGAGCUUAUUCCCCUCAUGUCUUUGUAACUGAUGCAAAGCUGUGGAUGUUGACCUGUUGACGCGACUUGCUGAUAUCAUGCUAUUGACCCCGAACUAUGGAUAUCGUGCAGCCGGUGUCGCGGAGAGGGCUUCAGGGGUGCCGCAUGAUGUGGUGUACGUGGCCGGUGACCAGAUGGUUGUGAAGAUGUUAGCUGUGAUGUAGGGUAGCGGGUCUACUCUUCAACGCGAGGAAAUGAGUCGGGAGCACAGCCAGGACAGAGACUGGGGAUGCUUGCUGACAGCACUCCUUAGGCCGCGUUCACUCACCUCGUGGUCGUGACAGACAGCCAGGACAGAGACCGGGGAUGCUUGCUGACAGCACUCCGUGUGCCGCGUUCACUCACUUUGUGGUCGUGAUAGAGACAGCCAGGAUAGAGACUGGGGAUGCUUGCUGACAGCACUCCGUGGGCCGCGUUCACUCAUUCUGUGGUCGUGCCUAAGUGACCACAUUUGUGCAUAUCUAUGUUCAC